AUACUUGGUCCCAUGGCAAUAAAUAUUCUGCAAUUAUUGUAAAAAAGACAAGACAGGUACAAAGGACAUAAAAAUUAUCUUCGAUAUUAAUCAUUAAACAAUUAGCAACAAGGCCUUGGAGGAUUGUUUUUCAACGUUGGUGACAUAUGAAAGCAAAGUCCGCACAAGAUGACUGAUCAUCAACAAAUGGUACCAGAGAAUGAUAUGUCUAAUCAUCGGCAACAAAUCAUCAAACUAAAGCGAUGGCAAUGGUGGGUUUUGGUGGUAGCAAAUAUAGCCUUCCUCUUAAUCGGACAAUCUGGGGCCGUUAUUCUCGGGAAACUCUAUUAUGAUGAAGGUGGUAAGAGUUUAUGGAUGGGAGCUCUUGUGCAAACUGCUGCAUUUCCAGUUCUCUACCUUCCCUUCUUCUUCUUCCCUAAUUCUCCUGAUCAUAACACUCCUCCCAAUAACCCACCAAACCAACCUUCUUUAACUACCAAAUCAUCAAUCUACUUCUCUCUUGGUCUUCUUCUUGGUAUAGACAAUAUUUUGUACACACUAGGUCUUAUCUUUCUCCCUCUGUCAACUUACUCCAUCCUCUGUGCAACCCAGUUGAUUUUCAACUCAAUUUUCUCCUUCUUCAUCAACAAAGAAAAACUAACUCCUUUGAUAUUCACCUCUGUAUUCCUCCUCACUUUGUCAGCCAUGCUAGUAGCCAUUCAUGGCGAUUACAGCACGAAAUACAAAGAUGCAGAAACUGAUCAUCAAAAGAGCCUUUACAUAAUCGGAUUCUUUUGCACCAUAGCUGCCUCAGCGGCCUAUGCUUUAUUGCUCUCUCUGAUGCAGUUUUCAUUCGACAAAGUCCUGAAGAAGGAGAGCUUAGGCGUCGUUUUGGAGAUGCAGAUCUACACAUCUCUUGUUGCUACAAUUGUCUGCAUGGUGGGAUUGUUUGCCAGUGGAGAUUUCUUGGGAUUGAAGAAAGAGAUGGAGGGAUUCAAUAAGAAGUCAACGGGUUAUGUGUUGACUUUGGUUGGAACUGCUUUGGCUUGGCAAAUUUGUUCAGUGGGAAUUCUGGGGCUUAUCUUCUUGGUUUCUUCUCUGUUUUCUAACUUCAUUAGCAUGUUGUGUUUGCCAUUUGUGCCUCUGUUUGCUCUAAUAGCUUAUGGGGAGGAGAUGAAUGCCAUUAAAAUUGUGGCUAUGGUGUUGGGUAUUCUGGGUUUUGCCUCUUAUCUUUACCAGAACCAUCUUGAUGAUCGCAGAGAACAAAAGAUCGGCCAUAGAUGAUUUUCUUCUUCGAAUCUUGGUUCUCUGUUUGUUUCACUAAAUCAAGCAACAGCUUUCUUUUAACUUUGAAUCGCCGCCGAAAUGGAACGGAUUUACAAAAUCUUGAUUCAUAUUUUAUUUAAACAACACUCCAUGAUUUCUCAAGAACAAGAAGCUCGAAAACCAGUU